GUCGCCAAUGAAUUAUCUAAAUGACGACUGAUGGACUUAUAAUCACGACAUUGGGUCCCUAUAAAAGAGCUUUGCAGACAGCGCUUUAGUUAAUAAUUGAAGUUCAAGUGCAUUCAAUAUGGGUCUGCGACGGUAUUUUCCGGCCUUGUUCACCAAAUCUUCGGAUUCUCCAGUUCGCUCCCGAGACGCGACCCUGUAUUUAUUGCGCUGCGUCUUUUUAAUGGGCGUCCGCAAUCCACCAGCCAAGUUUUUCGUGGCCUACGUACUGUGGUCUUUCGCACUGAACUUCUGUUCCACGUUUUAUCAGCCCAUUGGCUUCCUCACAGGCUAUAUCAUCCAUUUAUCAGAGUUCUCACCAGGAGAGUUUUUAACGUCGCUGCAGGUGGCCUUUAAUGCUUGGUCCUGCUCUACAAAAGUGCUGAUAGUGUGGGCAUUAGUUAAGCGCUUUGACGAGGCUAAUGCCAUUCUCGACGAGAUGGAUAGGCGUAUCACAGAGCCCGGAGAGCGUCUUCAGGUACAUCGCGCUGUCUCCCUCAGUAACCGUAUAUUCUUCUUUUUCAUGGCUGUCUACAUGAUUUAUGCAAUUAAUACGUUUCUGUCGGCGAUCUUUAUUGGAAGACCACCGUACCAAAAUUACUACCCUUUUCUGGACUGGCGAUCCAGCACUUUGCAUCUGGCUCUGCAAGCAGGCCUGGAAUACUUCGCCAUGGCUGGCGCCUGCUUCCAGGAUGUAUGCGUUGAUUGCUACCCAGUUAACUUCGUCCUAGUCCUGCGUGCCCACAUGUCGGUCUUCGCGAAGCGCCUUCGACGUUUGGGAACGUCCCCUGCUGAGAGCCAGGAGCAGAGAUACGAACGACUUGUUGAGUGCAUACAAGAUCACAAAGUUAUUCUGCGUUUUGUUGACUGCCUGCGUCCUCUUAUCUCUGGUACCAUCUUCGUGCAGUUCUUGGUGGUGGGGUUGGUGCUCGGCUUCACCUUAAUCAACAUUGUCCUGUUUGCGAACUUGGGUUCAGCCAUCGCAGCGCUCUCAUUCAUGGCAGCCGUUCUUCUAGAGACGACGCCCUUCUGUAUACUGUGUAACUAUCUCACGGAAGACUGCUACAAGCUGGGGGAUUCCCUGUUUCAGUCAAACUGGAUUGGUGGAGAAAAACGUUACCAAAUGACACUCAUGUACUUUCUGCAGAAACUGCAGCAGCCGAUAACCUUCAUGGCUAUGAACGUAUUUCCAAUAUCUGUCGGAACUAACAUUAGUGUCACAAAAUUUUCGUUCUCCGUCUUUACUCUCGUAAAGCAAAUGAACAUAGCUGAGAAACUGUCAAAAUCUGAAAUGGAGGAGUGAUAUAAUAAGGGUUUUUAUACCCGUUACUCGUAGAGUAAAAGGGUAUACUAGAUUUGUUGAAAAGUAUGUAACAGGCAGAAGGAAUCGUUUCCAUAUAAAGUAUAUAUAUUCUUGAUCAGGAUCAAUA